AUGCUGGGCCGGCUGCUGGCGAAGAAUGUGUAUCAGGAGGGAAGCAGCGUGGCGGAUGAUGCGGCAUUCACUGCUCCUUUUCACCUUCACGAGGAGGCGAGACUCAAGCUUUUCGGGAGCAGAGAUGUGGAGCAACAAAUCAGUCCGCAUCAGUUCCGAGUCUUGGUGGCCCAGGAUUUGGGGGAGCUGAUGAGUCGACACAGUUUUCAGGUUGCGCUGGACUACUGUAAUGCGCGAGGAUCUGCGAUGGACCAGAUUUCGGCCAAUGAGUUGCGAAACUACAUUUUUGGGUCAGCGGUGCGAACCAUAGACCCGCACCAAAGCGAUAAAUUCCGGGUUCUGUCAGACAUGGGUGUCUUGCUAGUCAUGCGAGUGUUUCCAGCGACAGGUAAUGGGCAGCGGCUUGCCAUGUGUCUGUGUUUGCCGGAGAGCUACGCUACAGCGCUCAGCGAGGUUUGGAGCUAUGUUACGCGAUGGCUCGACGAGUGCCGAGAAUUGGCCACAACAAUCGUUGCGUCUGAGAGUGUGAAACCUUUGCCGCGAAACAUAGGCGUGCAGGCGUCACAAAGCUCAGAAGCGAUAAUAAGCUCAGUUUACAAACUACUUGUGCCAGUUAUAGCCUCUCACACCGAAAUUCCAAGAUUGUUUCUGUAUCCCAACACGUGCAGUGAGUACAUCGUGAACUGGUUUCAGGGAAUUUUCCAUUGGCUUGAGAUCAAAGAUGGACACAGACUCAAGUUCUUACCAGUUUUGCUGGCUAAGGUUGCGCUAGAUUUUUCUGAUCAACUCGUGGCCAAUGAAGCGUGCCGGAUCGUGAUCAUGUCAGGAAAUAUGGUUGUAGCAAACAAGCUGAUUUUCAUUCUCGCGGGUAUGCUCAAGCCCAGAUACAAAGGAUGCAUACACACUUGUGACCAAAUAACUCACGGCAGCAAACAAAAAACCGACAAUACUCCGCACGAGGAGGAGAGUUUACACGAUGCCAGGCAGUUUACUACGGUGACAAACCAAGGCUGGAAAAUCCCACGUCAAAAAGAAUCCCCCUACAGCUCCACCAGCCUUUCCUCUGAUGAGAGUAGCGCCCAAGUAAUUCAACCUUCAUCCUUCAAAAGCGGGGGAAGUUCACUAGUACAUCUGUCGUCAUCACUGUCAAGUGCAUACGGUAGCUAUGGGUCUUGGUUCAAUAAGAGGGCCACUGUUAACAGUCCAUCUAAAAAUGGCAAUGGUUUUUUAGAACCAUCGCUUUUCCUGCAGAGGAAUAAUAGUAGCUCCUCUUUGCAUCAAAUUGCUAUGAACAACAGGAUUACACCGCUUCCAUCGCCGUCCUUGAACGAAUAUGAGGAUUUCCCCUGGCUCGCUACCCCCAUGUCUCCCAGAACUGAGCACAGCAAUAGCGACCAUUUUGCAUCGGCAGAGCCCGCAUUCCAUACAUUGAAUCUGAAAAGAAACUGUAACAGGAUCACAGACAGUACCGAGAUGGAUGAGAUUUUCGAAAACCUGUGUGUGUUUGACGCCUCACAGCUAUCCAUGUCGACGCCUGCAGUCGGCGCAAACCACGCACCUGUAUUGGAGGUCAACUUCGAAGAGGACUACAAGUACGAUGCCACCGAACUUCUCCCGAAAUACACAGCCUACGUUCCAAAUUUGGUUCCGUGGUUUCAGCUUCAAGCCAUUCCAAUUUCGUCUGACGCGGAGCGCAAAGUAUUGGGUGUGAUGAAGCGAGACUUGCAUAACUGUCAUGUAUCGCGGACACUAUUCGUGUCACUGCGGUCGAGGGAGAUCAGGGAAAUAAUGCUAGAAAAGGACAAAAGGACCCACAAACUCGUUCAGAGGACCAAGAAGAUUUUUAAUUCGGGGAAGUGCACUGCAUUGUCGCCGAGAUUCCAGCAGGCUUUGUCGUUUUUCGAGGCCAAAUUUCGCGAGGCGCUAGAUAUUUGGGAAAGCAGCAAGAGCGACGAGGACAAAAAGAAUUCGUUGACGCUCAUAUACAGGCAAUUGCAACUUACAGAUUUCUGCGCAACGCCGUAA